UUUAUCACGUGAUCGCUCAAAAUCCAUCGAUGAUCAUGGAAGGCCUGAUGAACAAAUUAUUUAGAUCGCUAGUUUGCGCAUAUAUAUUUUGUGCAAUAAGCAUUAAUGGUUUUUCAGUGAAACCUGAAGUUGUUUUAGAGCAAAACUUAUGGGUUUCGGGCGAAGAUGCGGAAAUUAGUGAGUAUAGAACUCCAGUGAUGAUUCGAGCCCUGAAUGGCGAUAUCCUAGCAUUUGCGGGGGCUCGAAAAAUCAGUCACGGUGAUGCCUCAGCGAAGGUCAUCAUUAUGCGAAGAUCUAAAAACGGUGGUAAUAAAUGGGGGCCUAGCGUUUUUGUGGUCGAUGAUUACAUGAACACGGAUGGUUUAAAUUUAGGCAAUGCUAUUGUGGACGAACAAACAGGUGCGAUCAUCUUCAUAUAUUCUUUUUGUAUUCACAAUGAAUGCGACUUUUCCAAGUACACGCCAACGAAUUUUAAAACGGUGAGCUAUGAUCAUGGUUAUACUUGGUCUCCACCUGUUGACUUGGCGGAGAAAUCGCCUUUCUUCGAAGGUUGGAACUGGGCACCUGGACCCGGCUACGGUAUCCAGAAGAAACUUGCACCAAACGUUGGAAGGCUUUUUGCAUGCGGCCACUGGGGUAACUCAACAUAUGGGUUGAUGACUUGUAUUUACAGUGAUGAUCAUGGUGAGACCUGGACACAGAGUGAGUUUACUGUUUAUUUGCCAAACAAUAUGACAAAGAAUGUUGGAGAUUUUACACCUGGAGAACCACAGAUUGUGGAGCUGUCUGAUGGAAGACUUCUGAUUAACGCCAGAAACCAGCAUUUCUUUCACUCGAGGAAUCGUCUCAUUUUCUACAGUGAUGAUGGUGGGAAGACGUUCCCAAUGUCAAAUUUACGUGUUGACUUGACACUUUUGGAACCUGGAUGUUUUGCAAGCACACUAAUUCAUCAGGGAGUGAUGUUUUUCUCGAACCCAUUUGAUAAAAGCAGCAGAGUUAACAUGACCCUCCGCUGGAGUCUAGACGAAGGCAUGAGUUGGGCUGGUAGUUUGGGUAUCUAUAGCAAGGGUAGUGGUUACUCAUGUCUAUCACCUAUUGAUGACAAUCACAUAGGAUUACUGUUUGAAAAGGAUGGCUAUAAGGAGAUGCAUUUUGUUAAAAUCAAAUUUGCAUAAACUAUUGUAGCUGUACUCUAGAUGGACACUUUAUUAGGGCAAAUCCAAACUUUGU